AUGUCAAAAUCCUCCAGGCUGGCCCGGCCUCCAUCAGCAGGCGCCGCAUCCAAGCUGCCCUCCCCCAGGAAGGAAUGCCCUGGCACAGCUCCUUUGGCUGGUCAGGCCCGGGUACAGAGCGUGGGCGAGAAGCUGAUGAGGGCGGGCACUGACAAUGCGUUGACCAGGCAGAAAUCACUAACGGACAAAGUACAGAGUGAAACCCAAGUGGAACAAAAAGGCCCAGGUGAACCCGCCAUGGAGGUGAAUUCUACGAAGAGUAGAACCAACACACCUAAAGCAUCAAGCCAGCAUCAAGCCUCUGUACACAAGCAAACCAAGAGCAACUUAAGGGUCACGUCCCCCGAGGACACCGAGCACGCCAGCAGGAGACAGGCCUCGCCAAAUGGGACGCCCGCUUCCAGGGCAGACGCCAAAGGCAGUGGUCGCGCAGUCCCGCGGAGACACACGCUAGGAGGGGCCCGCGGUAGCCGAGAGAUCCUAGCCAUGCAGCCGCCUGAUAUGGACAAGAAGAGGGAGGCUUUCCUGGAGCACCUCAAGCACAAGUACCCUCAUCACGCCUCAGCCAUAAUGGGCCACCAAGAGAGAUUACGGGAACAGUCUCUCCAGUCCAUGCUCUCCUCCCUGUACUCUGAGCUUGACAUUCAGAGCUACUUGAUGACAAUCCAGUCGCCCGCUCGCACAAGCAGAAGCCCCAAGCACUGCCCUAGCCCGCAGCCCGGCGUGGACGUAGACCACCUCUCCCUAACCUCUCUGGACUCCCUGGAGGCCAUGUCCGAGGUAGACGCGCCUAUGGGCUUCACCCGAGGCAGCCGGGUCCGUGCCAGCUUGCCCGUGGUCCGAUCCACCAACCAGACCAAAGACCGCUCGCUUGGCGUGUUGUACCUGCAGUACGGAGACGAAACUAAACAGAUCCGCAUGCCCAACGAGAUCACAAGCAUCGACACAGUCCGAGCCUUGUUCGUCAGCGCCUUUCCGCAGAUGCUCACCAUGAAGAUGCUGGAGUCGCCCAGCGUGGCCGUCUACGUCAAAGAUGAUAUGAGGAACAUGUACUAUGAGCUAAGCGAUGUCAGAAAUAUAACGGACCACUCCUGUCUAAAGGUUUACCACAAGGAUCCAGCGCAGGCCUUCAGCCACGGUCCCCGGCCAGCUAACGGUGACGCCAGGAUGCACAACGAAAUGGUGAAUCCUCUAAGGCAACCUCCCUUGGGCCCGCCAGCGCACCAUCCCUUGCAGGCGGCCAUCCCGCCAUCCCCGCACUCCCCUUCCCGAAUUCCCUUUGGGCCGCGGCAGGGCUCACUGCCCGGUAACGGCUCCGUGCCGAGGGAGCGCCUGUCAACCGCCAACUCCCCGGCUCGCUCCAAUUCACCCUGUCCCAGCGCAAUCCUGGAGAGACGGGAUGUAAAGCCCGACGGGGACAUGAGUGGGAAAGGUCACAGUCUGACCAGGGGGAACGAAGGCUUAUAUGCCGACCCUUACCUUCUGCAGGAGGGACGCAUGGGCAUGGCGACAGCCCACGGACCGCACCCAAACCCAGGGCACGACGGUCCCGACCACAGCUUCCACCGGGCGUCCAUCCGCUCCACCAGUUCUUACAGCGGGCCUAGCCCUACAGACUCAAUCGACCACCCUUCCCUCUACAGGCAGAAGUCAAGAAACAGCCAACUUCCAACACUAGGCUCCAAGACCCCUCCGCCGUCCCCUCACCGAAUGGGCGACGUACGUCUUAUCGACAUCCACGGUGGCAUCCCCAUCGAAAGGAGCUCGUCCGUACGCCAGUCCUUCCGGAAAGAGGAUGUGACAGGGGCCAAGCCCAGGAACAACUUGGCGUCUUCAGACCUCCAAGGUCACCCUCAAGGGCCCGUCCCUGCCGCGAGUGACGUUCAGACACGAGAGCGAAUGAAGGCAAUGGAGCAACAGAUUGCCAGCUUGACUGGCCUUGUUCAGCAUGCACUUUUAAAGGGGCCAGACAGUAGUGGCACCAAGGAGGCUCUAAGUGAGAGACCCUCCAAGACGUCGUCGCCAGCCCACAGUGCACACAGUUCAAGCAGUUCGCCGGUUUUGGUGCCGAAAUGCAACCCUUCCACUACGGUGGCGGCAUCGCAAGACAAGCAGAACCAGAUUCCUCUCAAAGCGAACCUGCUGCAGUUCAGAAAAAAUGUGUCUGACCUCAGGAUGCAACUGCAUCAGAUGAGGCAGCUGCAGCUCCAGAACCAGGAGGUUCUGCGAGUGCAGAUGAAGCGGGCCGAACAGGAAAUCGCCGCUAAGCUAGCAGAGGCCGUGCGACGCCUAGAGGACCCCGUCCAGAAGCAGAGGGUUCUGGUGGAAGAGGACCGACAAAAAUACUUGGGCUUGGAGGAACGUGUGCUAACACAGCUCGGGGAUCUGGAGCAGUACGUGGGCGCUCUGCAGAAGGACUCAUCAGGGAAUCACCGAGGAGUGACCCUCAAGGACGUGGAAGAGGGGGCGGUGACUCUGAGGAAAGUGGGGGAGUCUCUUGCAGGACUUAAAGGAGAGUUUCCAGCCCUCCAAACCAGAAUGCGGGCCGUGCUCCGCGUAGAAGUGGAGGCUGUCAAGUUUCUCAAGGAGGAGCCUCACAAACUGGACAGCAUGCUGAAAAGGGUGAAGAGCCUGACGGACACACUGAGCAGUCUGAGAAGAUCGGCAAGCGAAGGCACUCAGAGAGUAGCGGAUCCUUCUUCUAAUGUCCCACUGGAUAACACCCCAUCUCCAACGGAGAACACACCAGCAUCAAUCGCUGCAGCGGCCCCACCGGACUCCCAGAGCUCCGCGUUCAAAUCCGAAGCUAAGCCCCCCUCUCCGGUGGUGAUCCAUCAGGUCCAGAGCUCUCCGGUUACAUUGCGGCAGUCUCAGCAGUCCACUAGCUUGUCUGCCGCUCAGCACAGCCCACCUCUUACACCCAGCCCCACUCACUUCAACGCCCUGAGCAAGGGUCAAGGCCGUGAGUCACCAAAGACGACAUCUACAGACCCACAUAAGAAGGCGCGUGGCAGCCCUGUGAGCCAGGGGAAUGGGACCAGCAGCCAGAAUAUGGUCAUUGAGGAGCUGCAACAUAGUAAAGACAAAUGCAAAAACAGAGCGAUGUCCAUAGAGGCAGCUGAGAAGGAGUGGGAGGAGAGGAGGCAGAACAUGGGUCAGUAUGAUGAAAAAGAGUUUGAGAAAAUUCUCCAAGAGGCUGAGGCCAACAUGACUAAAGGCCUUCCCAGUCCAGAUGUGGAAAGUAAGCCAUUACUGCCCCCUGCUGCCUCCAGAGAGCAAACGAAAAUCCCCUUGGAGACUCCAGCAGAGCCUUUGUCAGAACCUCAGUUGGACAAAUCAGCCAAGAGGGGGCCAGAAAAACUCCCAAAGCCAGACAAGGAAAAACCUGGCAAACCAGUGCCCGAAAAGCCCUCCAAGACCACCACAAAACCCGCAUCCCCGGACGCAUUUAACAAGCUCGUAUCUGAAAAGGCCACCAAGUCCCCGCCACCGCCACCUCCGAGGAAGACCUUUAGCACCUCCAGCUCGGGCAUGACCACUACACGAUCUGGCGAGAUGGUCUACACCAACAGAAAGGAUUCGCAGGAAGGUGAAGAGGAUGGACCGCUUCCUGCCGCCCAAAUCAAGCCCAACAAAAGCACCCCACUAGAACCCAAGAAGCCUGCCACUCCUCCUCCUGUUGUUGCCAGUGAAGAGGAGGACGAUAGCGAAAGGAUCAUGGCGGAACUCCAGGUUUUCCAGAAGUGUACAAUUCAGGAAAUAGGGCCCCCAAACACGGUGGACCCCACUUCUCACAUGGAAGCGCAAAUAAGAGAGCUAAGACCGGACAAGAAGCAGAGCUCAGAGCCCACACGGGAUGAAAAAGUUCCAGACACAGAUGAAAAUGGAAACACUCCUUCCAGGCAAAGCCAAGGGGUCAUAUACUAUGUGACUGGAAAGAUUCCAAAAGAGCAUCCACCCCAUUCCGGAACGGAGGAAUCCCAUGAACACCGGGAGCCUGCCCAGUCUCCAUCACAGGUGUCAAAUGUCACUAUUAAUGACAAUUCUCCAGGCCAGCCACAGCAGCAGGAGCAGCGGCCAGCCAAGUCAACGGCACCCAAGUCACCACCACCUAAAUCACCACCGCCUAUUUCGCCCAAACCUGUGGGACUGACUGCAUUCAAACUGCCCAGGAAGCCCCUAAAACGCUCUGAGUCCUUGAAAACGAGCGCAGAAAUAGACAAUGGGAAAAACUUGAACAGAAUCAACACAGAAAAAAAGAGUCAGCUAGUCCUGGAGUCUGCUUUUUCCACUAAGAAUGUGAAAUCUGAGGCUGUGCCAGUAGCGGUAGCUAGAGAGGGGACUAAAAAACCUGCUCCACUACCACCACCACGGAGGAGGUCAUCAAGUGAGGAGCAUGAGCCACCAAAAUCUGACUUUGAUGAUGCUAAUGAAGAGGCUAGUCUAAGUCCUGAUUUACCAGGAGAAGAGGCGCCUCCUCCACCAGACAACAUUGCCUUUAUGAUUACUAACACUAAGGUUCAGGCACUUUCUUGUGGGGAAUACAAGGAACUGGUCAAUGCCAAGAAAGGAAGCGUCCAGACCGUGACUGUAGGUGGGGGAAACAAUACAGCAGAUCCUGACAUGCCUCUGGACAAUGGCUUCAACAAGAAACCCGUCAUAAUCAUUUUCGAUGAACCCAUGGACAUCCGUGCCGCGUACAAGCGCCUUUCCACCAUCUUUGAGUGCGAAGAAGAGCUUGACCGGAUGCUUGCGGCGGAGCGCAUCGAUGAGGAGAGUGAGGAGUCAGACACGGACAGGAGCUUUGGGCUACAGGUGAAAGCCAAAGGGCCUGAGGUGGUUGACGGUGAAAAAGCCGCUUUGUCUCAAGUCGCCGGAGACCACACCAGCCUUUCAUCCUCGACUUCGUCAAUUUCGGAAUCGGCAGACACCGGAGUGUCGAACGGAGACGUCAAGCAGGAUAGCAAAAAGAAGUUCAAGUUUAAAUUCCCCAAGAAACAACUGGCAGCACUUACGCAAGCUAUUCGCACUGGCACCAAGUCGGGUAAGAAGACGCUACAGGUAGUUGUGUAUGAGGAUGAGGAGGAAUCGGACGGAACCGUAAGGCAGCAUAAAGAAGCCAAGAGAUUUGAGAUCUCGCGAUCGAAAUCUGCAGUGGAUACGCUUAAGACGCCUAGUCCAACUCCGCUAAAGAGGACCAACGAGAUCCGUAAGAACACCUACAAGACGCUGGACAGCUUAGAACAGACUAUAAAGCAGCUGGAGACUACCAUCAACGAGAUCGGACCUGCCUCCCCCGAGGAGCCGGUUUACGCCGAGGUGAAAAAGGGAGAGAACGGGAAAGUAUCUGAAGGGGUUGGGUUGAGGAGGACGGCGUCGCUUCCAACUUCCAAGGCGUCUGCUUUUAAACUAGUCGGCAAAGGUUCUUUCCAGAAGAAGACUAAACCUCAACUCCUCCCACGCCCUGUAGUCAUCCCCACCACUACCGACUCCGGCACAGCCACCAUCACUAGCCCCAGUGCCCUCAGCACCAUCCAACAGAAUACCAGUGUCGCUUCCCCCACUAGUCGGAUGCCCAUCCCUUUGUCCGCGAAGUCCAGGCAGUCACCGGCUACUACUGACAAAGCAGGAAAACAGCAAAAACUGCAGGACGCGCAAAGGCAGUUCCGACAGGCUAACGGAAGUACUAAAAGAGUGGGAGGGGAUCAUAAAACUACUUCUCCCACUAUACCCGUCUCUAAAAUCCCCGCUUUUUAUCCUAGCGCCACUAAAAGCAGCUCAGACGCGGCUAAUCCCACUAACCCGUCCUCCUCCAAGUCCUCCCUCCUGCCCCCCCACAACACUCGCUCGGCUUCCCUGCCCUCCUCGCACAUCCCCUCCCUGUGCAACGGCUCCCUCAAGCCCCCCUCGCAGCACGCGGCUAAAGCUCUCUCCUUCUCCUCGCAGACCCCCAACGGUCGAGCGCACUCUUCCUCCUCCUUCUCCUCCUCUUCAUCCUCCUCCACCUCCACCUCCCCCUCCCCUCUGUCGCCUUUGGGCCCGGGUGGGAAGAGCAUCCGCACCAUACACACCCCCAGCUUCACCAGCUACAGGGCCCACAACGGCAGCAGCGGGAAAUCCUGCAUACCGACAGCCUCAGCGGCUAAGGACUAG